AUGAAUUAAGAGCAAUCGUAGCAAUACUAUGAUGAAUACUAAUCUUCGCCGUGCGGAGUAAGUGAGGGAUCAGAAAAUAACAAUAAUGAUGAAUAAAAUCGGUCAGAUAACAAUGGUGAUUAGUCAUAGCCAUAGAAAGAUUGCAGAAUAUGCUUUGGAUCAAGAGGACCAUUAAUCGAACCUUGUGACUGUAAGGGCAGCAUGGCAUACGUACAUACAUAAUGUCUUCAAAAAUGGCUGUAAAGUAAAAAUACAAUGCAAUGUGAGCUCUGCCAUUUUCAAAUAAAAUCACAAUUGACACUUAGAUCUUUUGGAAAGAUUGCCUUUGACCUAUGGAGAGCACUGAAGAAAAAAUUCUCAAAAGACCAAUUUUUUCUAAUUAAAAUACUUCUUUACUCUGCUUAUAUCUAUAUUAGUGCUAAAAAAGCAGUUAGCUGCUUCAGAUUACUAGCAUAAUAACUCAGAAAAAGAUAUGAAAGUCUAAGCUUCAAUAUAUUGUCAAUUAUGUAUUUGAUAUUCGUUCUAGUACAGUUAUUUAUGCUUUAUACAAGCGAGAUAUCUUAGAUAUAUAGGAAACUUAAAAUGAAGAUGAGACUGAUUUGCUAUGAAAUGGCCUUUCAAAACAAAUGA